AUGCACGUGUGGAAAAGGAGAAGGAAAAGGUUCAUCAUGCGUAGACGCGGCACGAAAGUCCAGGUGCCCCUGUUUGGGAAAAAAUGCAUACUGCUCAGUUGGCUCUCAAAAGUAACCAGGGAGCUGGCUCUGCCCAUUGGAUUUAAGUCAUUUUCUCAAGUUACAGGAAUCAAAACAUCCAAGAAUCUGUGCAACCUGUGUAAUAGGAGAACACAAUCCAACAUGGUUUUGUGUCCAUCGUGCCAGCAAUGGCAGCAUAGAGGCUGCGCGAAAAUAAGUCUCUCUGACUACACAUCCAACUGGCGCUGCGUCUUUUGUAACAACUGAUUCUUAUACACUGUCUUCUUGAGUUACAGAUAGAAAAAUACUUGCUCUAGAAAAUGAAAUAAAAAAUUUUCCAGAUGACA